AAAAUAACGAUCAAGAAAAUUGGAAUAUCAGUGAGCUUCAAUAUGAUGACGAAGAUUCUGUGCAACUUUCACCAUCUGUUGUUCAAACUGAGGCUAAAGAGAUGAGCAGCCAAAGUGAAAAUAAAAGUGUUUCUAGCCCAGUGCCUAUCUUGCCCAAAACCGAUUCUAGUGGAAAAAGCAACUUUAUUCUUAAGGAUUAUAAGGAGAAAGUAAUGGCUGAUGAAGAACAAAACUCGCUUACAGAGAUAGAUUUAGGUGACACGUCAGCUGGCUCGUUGUCCCCUCCUGUUGUGCCUGCUCGAGAUGAAGGUGAUUCAAGGACUAAGCGUCAUUUUCCAAGGAAUAACGACAGGACUAAAAGCGAUAAAAUGAAGUCGAAGGAUGAUUAUCCAAAUGCCUCAUCAGCAAAGAGCCCAUACUUAAAGUCUGGGAGAAGCCAGCUGCAUGACUGCUCAAAUGACAGAGUUUUUCAGGAUUCUGGCAAAUCAGUUGACACAGAUAUGCAGAUGGAUAUUGAAUGUGUAGGUGUAGACAUGUCACCACCUGCUGGCGUUGCAUACACAAGAAAUCCAGCAGCCAAAGUCCCAGGAGAAAUCGCAAAAAGGACCGUAGCAGAUGAUAUCAAGAAGGAGCUUUCGCAGAAAAAGAUUAGAGCUGUUUGCGGAAACAAAAUCAACGAGCAAGAUAAAACCAAUGUUGCUAGGUCACCCCAAAAGAAAUCAGAUUCUAGUGCAUCGGGUUUAUCAGAUCUAGGGGAAGUUUCGCCAGAUGUUGUUUCCGUUAAAAGAUCCAAUCAUACCAGGUAUGAAUGCAAAGUUACAGAGUCAACUCCUAAACCAUGUAGAACCAAAAAAGAGGUAAAAAGCUUUAAUCGAACAAAAUCACACGCUUCUGUUGAGUCCAAAAUUUUAAUCCCCGUGAUGUCAAAGAAUCUAAUGACCCAUUCUGUGUCAAUUUCUCCACCUAUGACAUGCAGUAAAGCAGAAACACUAGAAGGAAAGGGCGAAUCAAUUCAAGGAGGCGGUGUAAAUAAAAAUUCUAUGAAGAAGUGUGAAAUAUCUAUAGUUAAUGAAAUCAUAUCAGAAAUUGUAAAUAGUGCUAUUUAUGAACAUCGCCCAAGAACUCAAAAGCAUUACAUUGUAAGGAAAGCAGACGAUGCACUUUCACCUGCAAGCUGUGUUCCAAGAACUCCUGCAAAGAACAUGUCUAAGGCAGCUAGAAGGUUAAAGAGUCGGAUAAGGGUUAGUGGUGUGAAGAUGAAGAAAAACUGUUUUCAGGAAAACAUAUCUGAAAAACCUACGAAUCAAGGCUGUCUUUUUGGUGAAGAAGUUUCAGGGAAGCAAGAUUCGGAAAAGUUAAAGUAUAGAAAAUUGAAUAGAGAUGAUCAAAUAAAGGAUGACUAUAGGAAUAACAACAAUGAAGUUAGUGACGUCGUGAAUCUUCUGCCUAGCAAGUUGGAUGAAAGAAGAAAGGAUUUUGUUCAUUCAGAGAAGGAAAGCGUGAAUUUGAAUCUUGAGUGCUGCGAGAAGUCAAGUUGUAAGGGUGAAGAGUUACUGUGUGUAAAUGAAUUUUCUGAAGGCUGUGAAAAAGCUAGUUAUUUAUUAAAGCGUGAUAUUUGCAACAACAGAAUAAUCGAUUUUAAGAAACCUGUUGAAAACGCUUCAAUGAAAGAAAGUGAGGAAAAGAAAGUUUUGCCAGUGCAAAAAACAAGCCAGGAGGCACUUAUUGAAAGAAAAGCUCGUGUCUCAACUGCCUGCCCAAGGAAAAUUUGUAGAACAGUAUAUGAAAAUACGGAGGAAAAGGUGGUUGCUACUAAAACUGCUGAAUCGCCACCUGAUAAUGCUUCCUCUUGUAAGAAGACAUCUUCAUCUUCAGUAGAAGACGUUCUAGAUGUUUUGAUGUUUGGUAAAAAAUGUAGCGGUAGCAAUGCACGGCUGCAUGGAGGCAAGAGGCAACAAGGAAUGGACUUGGUUGAAGGCUGGGUUGCAAAUGACGUCGAUCAAUGCUCGAGAGUAGUUGAAGGUUGUAGUAAAAGAGACAGCUAUUUGGUACAUCAAGAUUUAGCAGAAAAAGAAAAAGAUAAAGAUCCAGAGAUUGGAUUCUGCAAGAAGCAAACCUCAGCUGAUGAUUUAAAAAAGCAAAAAGUAUCUCCUGCUUUUAAUAAUGACAAUGACAACCAAAUGACAAUGGACGAUCAACAAAUGAAGACAGCCAAAGAAGAGAGUCUAGAGAGUAAUCAUAAAGAAACUGAGAAACGUACCAGUGCCAAGAAUUUUCGAAGUUCUGGAGAGCCAAUUUCAAGUGUUACGGAAAACGACGUUGUUAAAGAAUGUCCUUAUGACAAGACGGAGAUAAAAGAUUUCGAAUAUCCCGCUUCCAAUAUAAGUUUAUGCUUUCAAAAUGAAACAUCCUCUGCGGUGGAAAAACAAGAAAUAUCGUUAUGUAAUAGUGAUCAUGGUGCUGUUGAGUUGCGCUCUUUAGUAAAAUUCGAUGACAGCACGAAACCAUCAUGCAGUGAUCAGUUCUAUGCUACUGACAGAACCGCUACCGAUGCUUGUGACAAGGAUAGUGAGGUAGACAUCAACAUUUCGAUGACAGAUUCACUUCUGUCAGACAAGGAUGGAGGUGGCUUGGAAGCUUAUGGAGCUGAAGAAAGUGCUCCAGAAGAGAAAGAUGGGAGUUUUGAGAAUGACAAAGAUGGAAUUAUUCGAUUGGUAAACAGCACUUUCAGUUUGGAUGAUUUCACACAGUUACGCGAAGAGCUCGCAAUUGCCCCGGUCUCUUCUACUAACAAGUUUACAUCUACAUUAGGAAAAAGGGUAUGUGUAUCACAAAGGGCCCUUCGAUCAACAAUUAAGAAUAUAGAAACAAAAAUCAAAGGUAAAAAUAAACAAAACAGAGUACCUACUGUUGAAGCUACUAGCACAGCUUUUGAAGGUAAUGCGGAAGCCACAAAUCACCCCUUAGAGGAUGCAGAAAUGAAGCCAGAGACAUUUAUCAAAGAAAGCUAUAAACGAGGUGAAGAUUCAACAUUUUGCAGAUUCAGUACAGCAUCUGGAAGGAAAGUCAAUGUAUCAGUCAAGGCACUUGAAAAAGCAAGGAAGAUACCAGAGUCAGAUGCAAAAGAGCAA